AUGAAACCACUUGGGGGAACAGAGAACAGGAAAAUUGACAGAAAGGUAAGAUUUGAACCUUUGAAAUGAUUAUAUUCAUCAGUAUGCAUGUAAUACAUAUUAGUCAAUCAAAAUCGAUUUGGACUCAAACAUGUAGGCCUAUUUUGUUCUUAGGUUGUUGAUUGAAACUGGAAUAAUAAUGUGUUCAUAAAAUGUACCUAUGCAACUAGUCCUACCAUGUAAAUAUAUUUAGGUUUUAGGAGCCCUUAUUAUAGUAUAAAGUGAGUGUUUUAGACACACUGGUUUACCAGAGACACUGGUCUGAUCUCCCUGGUCUGAUCUCCUUUAAUCUUUCUCUUGUAGCUCCUCAAGCCUCAGGUGGAGAGACGUCGGAGAGAGAGAAUGAACCACAGUCUGGAGAGCCUGAGAACACUACUGCUGCAGGGACCACUACAUCAGGUAUGAAGUUUACCUCUAACUUGACUCUGCUCUAAAUGCAGCUCAUACAGGUGUCAGCUCCUCUGAGAAGUGUAGCAUGACUGUGCAUUAAUCUGCCCUCUCUCUCUCCAACAGGGUGUGACUCAGCAUAGAGUGGAGAAAGCGGAGAUCCUGGAACACACUGUUCUCUUUCUCCAGAACACUUGUGAUGGGGACAGGAAGAAAGCUGAAAGUGGAGAACAGCAACAUUCCUUCCAGGAAGGCUUCUCAGGCUGCCUGCAGAGAGCUGCACGCUUCCUGGGGCACGAAGGGGAGGGGCUGCAGCUGGAGGCAGCACUGAACACUACUUUCUCUACCUGUCUGAACAGCCAUGCUUGUAUGAGCACCGAAGUCCCGUCUAAAAAAGCUAACACUUCCAACUCUCUGCCCAGCACAAUGUGCCACCAGUCCUCACACCUGAUGAAGAUACAGGAGUCCCAUUACAGACAACAGCUUUGUGAAGUCUACAGGAGACAUCUGUCUCAUGCUCACAGAGCUCCACUCCGACAUGGAGAUCCCAACCCUCCCCAGCAGCCCCACAGACACUCUGCCAAAGAUGCCCAAUCCCAGAACCUCCCAGCCAGCCAGUCUGUGUGGAGGCCUUGGCCCUGA